CGUAAAUGAGCUUUGAAAAUGUGAAAUUUGUAUUGUGAGGAACCUCUCCGAAAGGGAGAGUGCAAGAAUGUUAAUCGGUUAAUUCACGUCGUUGCAAAGUUUGGCAUACGGUCAAACAAUUUUCGAAUCAUCUUGUGCGGCGCCGUUUUUCCGUGUAUAAUUUCGAGAUUUGAUAAUUAUAACCACGUUUUAGAAUGUGUUAGAUGAAUUGUUUCCGCGUAAGAUGCACUUUCUUCAGUCACUUCUUCUGAUCACAGCCCUCAGUUUGUGCAAUGGAGAGGGUUUAUCUGAUGAUAUAUACGUCAAGUUACCUGUGGCGGAAGGUGUAGCAGGUUAUAGACUUUUCAAUGGGACACAUCAGUUUGGAUUCCAUACGGGCUCUCGUGGAGUCGUUGUUAUGAUGAAAAAAGGUGAGAGAGCCGGUUUGCUGGACUGCUGGAGAAGUCGAUUUCGUGACUAUAAAGGCAAAUACCAUGUUCUUCUUUCUGUGGACAUUAUUGAUAGGUCACUCGUUCACGAUAUUCUGGCAUCGAAUUGUAUAGCAGGUCUCAUGAUAGUCAAUCCUGAAUCGAAAUUAGAUCCCAGUGAAGCUUUGUCACAUGACGGUGCCUGCCCAAAUCCUAGAAGUGGAAUCUACCAGGAAGGAUGUCAGUCUAUGUGGAACGAAGGUUAUAUCUUGCCUGAAGGCCUGAGGAAUGUUGACUGGAAAAUGCAGAUAUUAUAUCUAUUCAAUAGUACACAUAUCGACGCUAUAAAAAAGUGUCACGAUUUAUUCAAUGUUCCAAGCGGCGGUGCAUCAUCUGUAUCGUUUCCAUUUUGUGCUGCUUCUUUUGGGGUUUUCAGCACAGCCGCUGGUUCGAGCGAAAUAUGUUAUAGGAGGAGUCAGCCUUGGUCACGCCUUCUAGACUUCACUAUCGAAAAUAAGGAUGAUUUAUGUAGUCCCCUUAUUGGCGUGAACGUUAUGGCUUAUCUACCACCCAGAGUUUUCAACGGAACUGCAGCUCAUACGGCGAGAUAUGUGAUGCUCUGCGCUCGGUUGGACAGUUUUGGUAUCAUUCCGGAGGUCUCACCUGGUGAAAUCAGUGUGCUCACAUCCGUUAUCGCUCUCUUAGCGACUACGCGAGCUAUUGGACAGCAUUUGGAAGUUUUUGAAAGGGCGGCUAAUGCAUCUGAUCGUCAUGUUAUCGUCGCUUUCUUUGAUGGGGAAUCUUUCGAUUACAUUGGAAGCAGCGAUGCGGCUUAUGACAUGAUGACUGAAAGUUUCCCAAGGAAGCUCAAGAAAGACAUGAAAGCACAGCUUGAUCCAGUCGUAGCCUCUCAACUAGACAGUAUCGUUGAGGUUCAGCAGCUUGGUAGUGGGGUUGGUAACGCAUCACUCAACAUUCUAGCUGAUGGAAAGCAGUAUGAGAAAGGGGAGCUGAAGAGUUUGUUGGCUGCGCUGAACGCUGGAGCCACAGCCGCUGGCGGAAAGUUGGUACCUCCAACUGCAAAAUCUCGCAUGCCUCCAUCCAGUUGGCACACAUUCGCCCGAAUUGCUCCUUCAGUGCGUGGAGUGGUGCUAGCACCUUUCGGGAAUCACUAUACUUAUCGGCGCAUAAAUUCAGUAUUGGAUCGUGCACAAUGGACAGCUCCUCAAAGAUCGGCUGCCAUCACUGAAAUAAUAGUUGCGGCGACUGCUAUGCUCCGUGUGGCAGCAGAACACGUUGGUCUUGAACCAGCUCUUAGCAAAACUUUAGAAGUGGAUAAAGAAUUUGUUUCCUCUCUUGUUGAGUGUUUCAUCGAUGAACCGAAUUGGUUUGAAUGUGAUUUCUUCAAUAAACUGAAUGAAAAUCGAUUCAAGCCUUCCCAGGUGUUCUACUCUGGAAAGUCCACUUAUGUGUCUGCUGGUUACCGUAAUCCUGUGCGGUUCUUUGUUGAAUGGCUGACGACGUACGCGGCAGGGUCUAUUUCGCACACUAGCAACGUAAAAGAUAUGAAAACAUGUGACGACCUAGGAAAGGGGCAGAAUGUCUAUGUGUACACAUGGCAAGCUGAUCCUAAAACUGGUGCUCACUACUGUUAUCGCACCUCGAUGUCCACAACCACAGUCAGCUCUCCAGCUUUCAGAAUAGAAGGCUACGAUUUUUCUAACACCACUUAUUCCACUUGGACGGAGUCUUUGUACAAUAUCGACCAUUUGCGACUAUAUCUCGUUGAGCAAGAGUCUUUCGAAAAUGUGAUGCUUUGCUUGGGAGUGAUUGUUGCCAUAAUCUCGUUCUUGAUUGUUGGUCGUUGCAGUGAAGAGUCGUUCAUUAUAGACGAAGGCGAGCGUCUUGCGGAAGAGGGUUCGGUCACAAUACCAUCUCGAAAUGAUAUGUUGAUUUCGCGAAGUCGGUUAGAGAAAUCAGUCUGGACGAAUUUUCUUGCUGUAUUACCGAAUUUCGCUGAUGAUAUCUAUAUCGAAAUCGCCGUCCAACCGGGAACUUUUGGAUAUCGUUUGCUCAAUGGCACCCAUCAAUUUGGAUUUCACUCACCAACAUCCGAGUUCCAUGGAGUUGUAGUGUUUUUUGAAGUCGACGAUGUUGAGGGCCUUCGUAGCUGCUGGCGAAAACGCUUUAUCGGUUACACCGGUAAAUAUCACUUGGUUCUCUCUGCCAAUUUGAUCAACCGUGCACUUGUCGGAGAGCUGUUAAUGUCGACAUGCAUCGCUGGUCUGAUUGUCACCAGUCCAUCAUCUAUUGACGACAAUGAAAGUCUUUCACAUGAUGGUGCUUGCCCGAAUUCGUAUGGAGAUAGGUACGGAGAAUCAUGUGCUCAAAAUAAUGUAUGGAACGAAAGAGGAUAUAUUCUGCGUGAAGGUCUUCUCAGGAUUGAUUGGGCCAUGCAAAUUCUGUAUCUGAGCAGUGAGACUAACGUUACUCUCAUAAGAAAGUGCUACGAAAUGUUUAAUGUGCCCGUAAAUGGAUCAACAACAGUUUCAUAUCCUUUUUGCGCUGCAUCAUUUGGCGUGAUCAGCAGAGCCGCAGGUUCUUCAGAAAUCUGUAAAAGAAGGAGUGAAUCAUGGAAUCGGUUUGUGGAUCAGGCUUUGUGGAAGACUGAUGUAUUGUGUAGUGAAUUAGUGGGCCUUGACUUAAUAGCCUUCCUACCUCCGAAAAUUUAUAACAAAUCAUCUAUCGGACGCAACAGUAAGUACCUGAUGCUUGCAGCCAGGCUAGACAGCUUUGGAUUGAUUCCGCAAGUUUCUCCCGGAGAAAUUAGUGCAAUCACCUCACUCAUAGCUAUGAUGGCGAUAGCUCGUGCCAUAGGACUACAUAUGGAUGAUUUUGAAAAAGCGGCCAUUUCCUCAGAACGGCACAUUAUUAUUGCCUUUUUUGACGGAGAAGCAUUCGACUACAUUGGGAGUAGCGCAAUUGCCUACAGCAUGUCAAUUGGAGAAUUUCCGCCACGACUAGACGGUUCUUCUUCUUAUCUUGAACCAAUAAGUUUCUCACAGCUAGAAGGAAUCAUCGAAGUACAACAGCUAGGCACUGGAGAUGGAUUGACUCUCUACGCUUUAGCUGACGGAAAACAGCUACGAGACGGCGCUCUGUCAGACGUACUGAGUUCUUUAUCAGCUGGAGUGAACGCAUCUGGUGGCGCUCUGCAUUACCCCACAGAAGAAUCGCGUAUGCCGCCAUCGAGUUGGCACUCAUUCGCGAGAUUCAGUCCCGACGUGAAAGGGGUGGUCAUCGCUCCGUUUCAGGACAAAUACGACUAUCGACGAUUCAAUUCGAUGUUGGACCGUGUCAACUGGACCACCGAUGAAAGAUCCGCUGCUGUCUCCGAAAUCGCCUUAGCGGCCAAUGCUUUGCUGCGCGCUGCUGCCGACUUUAUCGGUCUUGAUCCCGAGCUCAAACUGACGUUAAAAGCUGACAAAGAUUUUGUUUCUACCCUCAUCGAGUGCUUCGUUAGCUCACCUCUGUUCAUGAAGUGCGACUUUUUUGCUAAAUCAAAAUACCCUCCCACAGAAAAAUCUACCUUUAUCACUCCGAACGGCGGGUAUCUCGUGUCAGCUGUUUACUACGUAAUGCACUAUGCCAUUGGUACAAACGAUACGGAAUUCAAUAGUUACCAUUCUUGUGACAAGGAACACAAGGCAAAUUCAAUUUAUUCCUUCCGCUGGCAAGCUGAUCCUGAUAGUGGCAUUUUCCAUUGUUAUCGUUCUCCUUUAAUUCCAUAUGAUGUAAUUUCGCCAGCUUUUCGGAUUGAAGGCUACAACCUCGCCAACACCACAUUUUCCACUUGGACUCAGGCUCGUUAUAAAAUCAAAAAUUUACGAUUAUUUCUCCUCGCGGACGAAUCAUAUGAGUAUAUUUUUUUGGCUGUAGGAAUUAUCAUGGCCGUACUUUCGUUCAUGAUUGUGUAUCGAUGUACAGACGAAAAUUUCAUCAGAAAAACUGAGAGCAGUAAAAGUGAAGCGAUGGUUCGCAGCGGUGAAGAAUCAUAG